AUGGAGCGAGAACAUGUCGUGCGUCUGUUGGCGGUGUGCCUGGCGCUGCCCUCGCUCGUCUACUACAUCCUGAUGGGCAGCGACACCAGCACCGUCAGAUAUCAUCCGCUUCCUACGGAGCAGUCGUCACCGUCACCUCCAGCGGUUGACUCUUGCGCCACGUGCGACCUGGAGUUCGAUAUUGACGUGGGUGGCGUUCGCGCAGACGACCCGGACGAGCUGUGGUGGAGCGACUGGGAGAAGGUGCAGCGCAGCCGAAGGGAAGCGCUCGCCUACGGGUGCAAGCACUACAAGAACCUCCGCGGGAAGUCCUUCUUCAAGCUGGUCACCAACCGACGCUAUCUCUACAACCUCGUGAUCGACGACAAGCACAGGACCGUGUAUUGCUACGUGCCGAAGGUUGCUUGCACGAACUGGAAGCGGAUGAUGAUGAUCCUUUCUGGAAGGACGAACAAGACCGACCCGCUUGCUAUCCGCUCCUACGUCCCGCACGUCGAGGGUGUGCUGCCAAGGCUCUCCUCGUCGCGGAUGACGAGCUCGCUGCUCCAUCACAAACUCCGAACGUACACCAAGUUCCUGUUCGUGCGCCACCCCGUGGAGCGCCUCGUCUCCGCCUACAGGAACAAGCUGGUCAUCAACUCGACGUCGGCGGCCGACUUCAAGCGCAGGUACGGCAUCAAGAUCCUGAAGAAGUUCCGCAAGGGGGACGCCGUGCAGAACAUCUCGAAGACGGGCCACGGCGUCACCUUCGCAGAGUUCGUCUCGUACCUGAUCGAGAAGCGCCACGAGAGCCCGCAGAGCAUGAACGAGCACUGGGCGCCGUACGUGGAGCUGUGCCACCCGUGCUUCAUCAAGUACAACAUCAUCGGCAAGUACGAGACGCUGGAGGAGGACGCCGAGUACGUGCUGAGGAAGAUCGGAGCGCCGCCCUCGCUGCACUUCCCGCCGCUGGUCACGUCCAAGACGACCGCGCUCGUCGAGGCGCACAUGAACACGCUCACGCCCGAGCUCAGGAAGAAGCUCUACAACGCCUACCAGCUCGAUUUCAAGCUCUUCGGGUACGAUUAUGUGAAGGAGAAAGAUUAUGUGACUCAAGAAAAUGGCAGUUAGUGCUUUUGGACAUUUGAAAGCUUUCUUUCUUUUCAAAACACUUGGAUUUACGGAUGAGUCGAUGCGUUGCGAAAGCCGAUUAUAGUUCUUUGUACAGCUAUAUUAUAUAUAUACACACAGAUGAUUUUCCUGGAUAUCGCAGUGCCAUUUUUUGCUGAUAGGUGAUAGAAAUCCGACUUCCGUUCUACUGCCGAUUUUAUAAUUUUCACAAAUAACGACAGCAUCUCUCCUUCACCAUAUUCGUUAAUGAUAUUCAGUGCCCAAGCUCAAACCUACGUGUUAACCCCUUCUCGAAAAUCUGACAUCAGUUACGAGACAAGGCACGCCAAUAAUUAAGAAAAUCAUGUGUGAUGUUUGAAAUCGAGGUAACGAUAGCUGGUAUCUUUCACUUAGCCAGAAAAUUGUCAUUAGUUUUGGUGUUGGAAAGACGGGACAACUACCAUACGUUUGGUACAGUAUUGCGGGUCUGCAUUCACCAUCUGAUGAAGGAUGAAGUCUGUUGCUGUUAGUGCAACAUUUCUGUAAGAUGUCACAGCCUUAAGAAUUGGAAGUGGCACGAUAUGUAACGGAAGUCUUUCAUGCACACUAUCAACCACUGAAGACAUUAAACAACGAACAGGAAUUUAAACAAUACCCUUGUUUCCCAUUAGGAACAUUAGGUUUAUUCACAACAUUAUUGGAAGCGUAGAUAAUGGUUUCCUAAGUAUGGUAGUUGGACCAAACCCUGCGUAAAAUCAAAAUUAAUUUUUGGAAGGUAAAUUAUAGGAUACUGCAGCGUGCAUAAUUUUCGUGGCAAGGAAAGGGUCACGUGAUCCACGCUGUGAAGAACAAUUUUGUGCAAGUAAAUACGUAAAGAGAACUUGAGCAUCUAUUUUCAUGCAGCUGUGUGAACCAUUCAUGGAGAUGCCGCAGUUGUUCUCUUUUUAAUGUCCUUUUUUAAAUCCUUACUUGGCAACAAUUUCCACGAAGGUUUAAAGAAAAAACGGCGUAUAUUUACCACUAGUCUCUUCCGCUGCCAGGUACCAUUCUAUCGAAACUGAAAGGGAAAGAAAAGGGAAGAAACCCAAGACCUUAACGACACGCGGUACAAAAGACAUAUACGGGUGCAGAAUAUUCACACACGUGGAGUUCUGGUUUGUUAUCUCUUUCAUAUAAAAGCAAUAAUUGACGAUGGAAAUGCGUUAAUAAGUGUUACCGCUGCCAGAGACUUGUGUGUGAUUUACUAUAAAGUGUUUAUUUUCUUGUGACGAUCCGCGGACGAGAGCCUAAGAAGAAAAGUUUUGAAGACAGGGUUAUUCGUUUGUUCCCUUCCAGAGAGGCUUCCUUGGAAUGAAGCCUCUUCGGUUGGGUCUUUAUGCUUUGUUCUAUAAAGUGGAAAAACUAAAUCGUAAGUGAAAUGGCAGAAAAUCAUAACAAAACUCGAAUUGUGCAUUGUACUUUUGUUUGCCAUUAUAUGUAAAAA